AUGAUUAAUCGACUAACUAUGCCAGAAUCCGAUUUUGAUGCAGAACUUGAGCAGUUGUCUCGCCAACAGAAGGAAAAAUAUGAUGCUUUAGUUAAAGACUUUGAACAACAAAAGGAAAAAGUUCUUGAGUCAUUAAUUAAUAACGAUUUCGAUUCCGUUAAAGCUCGAGCAGAACUUGAAUUAGGGAUGCGACGGUUUUACGCCAUGACCGUUUAA